AUGAUGGUGAUGAAGGUCGAAGAGCUGGUGACGGGGAAGAAAACUGAUGAUAAAGAGACUGGCAGUUUCCUCCCUGAGGACUUCAGAAAUGGAGAGUACGAAGCUGCUGUAAGGUUAGAGAAGCAGGAGGAUCUAAAGACAGUCUCUGAGCUGACCCGAGGAGAACUGGCCUAUGAGCAGGAGAAAAAGCUAGAGGCAGAGCUCAAGAAGAAAAAAUUACAGGAGAGGCCAAAACUUGAGAACUUGGAAGAUCUUGAAAAAAUUAUUCAGCUGAGGAAGAAGAAAAAGUGCAAGAAAGUGAAAGUGCCUGUUUUAAAGGAACGCGAACCAGAAGUUAUUACAGGACCAGUGGAUAUACCUACCUUCUUCAGGGCUGCGCUGGAGAACAAGCUGCCAGUCAUCGAGAAAUACUUGUCAGACAAAGGGGAUCCGGACGUCUGCGAUGAGUACAAGCGCACAGCGCUGCACAGGGCAUGCUCCGAAGGACACCUAGAGGUGGUGAAAAAGUUGGUGGAAGCUGGAGCCCAACUCGAACUGCAAGAUAUGCUGGAAUCCACAGCCCUGCACUGGGCAUGCCGGGGCGGCAACCUGGACGUUCUGAAAUUCCUGCUGGACAAGGGAAUAAACAGAAACGCCAGAGACAAGCUGCUCAGCACCCCUCUGCACGUGGCUGUGCGAACGGGCCAGUACGAGUGUGGGGAGCACCUCAUCGCCUGCGAGGCCGACCUCAACGCCAGGGACAGGGAAGGGGACACUCCGAUGCACGACGCCGUGAGGCUGAACCGCUACAAAAUGGUCAGACUCCUGAUCCUUUACGGAGCGGACCUAACCAUAAAGAAUCACGAAGGGAAAACCCCCAUGGACCUCGUGCUUCAGUGGCAGAAUGGCACCAAAGAGAUAUUCAACAGCCUGAAAGACAAUUCCUACAAAAGCACACAGCUGAACAAGUUCUGAGGAUAGAAGAUGGCUUUCUGUUGCUUUUAAAUGCUCCUUACCAGCCAUGACGA